AUGGAAAUAGAGUUUGGAAAUUUCUCACCGAGCGGAUUGUUUUUAACAAUCCGUAAACAGAAGAUGGUUGGAACCACUGCCUCUGCCUGCCUCCACGCCUUGCAGCUUGCAACUACACGCACCGUUGCAGGCCGCUUCCGUGAAGCGACAGAGUACCAUUCUCAUCUACUAGACCUUCCAUCUUCUCACCCGAGAGUUCCAGCUCUGUCUUUGCAAGUCACUCUUUUCUCGAACUCGGGGUUUUCCGUUGGUUACAGUGCGCACCACUUUGUGGUGGACGGGAAGACCGCAACCAUGUUCAUGAAUUCGUGGGCUUCGAUUUGUUCGUCUUCUAAUUCCAUGGCGGAUCAACCAUUCUAUGGCCGGGCCUUUCUCUCUGAGGAUCAAGAAAGAGCUAUGCUAAAUAGGGUGCUGGAUCAAGGCGGACCAAACAAUAAGAGUCUCAUGCUCAUGGACUUGAAAUCUCCGGGUGAUGACGCCUUUGUCACAUUCCAACUCACACGUGCCAACAUAGAGACCCUCAAGAACUGGCUCCAUGGAAUGCGAGGAGGUGAGAAAGCUCAGCUUCUGUUCGCUGCGGAUUGCAGGGCUCGAUUAAACCCUCCUGUGCCUUCAACAUAUUUCGGGAACUGCGUUGUGGGUUGCUGUCCAACCGCAGAUGUGGAUGGCUUGCUAGGAGAAGAUGGAGUGGCCAUGGCAGCCAAAGUAAUCGGUGAAGCCAUAGAUGAUCUGAAACAUGCAAAUUUGAAAGCAGCCCAAGAUCUUAUAUUUGGUAACAGGGGCGGAUCUAUAUGUGAGCUGUCACCUCGGUUUGAGUUCUACAAGGUCGAUUUUGGGUGGGGGAGACCGAGGAAAGUGGAGGUGACGUCCAUUGACAGAACUGGAGCUUUCUCUCUUUCAGAUUCCGAGGAUGGCACCGCCGUUGUUGAGAUUGGAUUGGCCCCGAAGAAAAAUAAAGUUGCAGGUUUUGCUUCUAUGUUUGCUAGUGGCCUUGAAGCUUUUGGAAGGCCAUAG